AUGGAAUCCCAGUCAAAGAUGACCAACAUGCCCAAGCACGGCAGCGUGCUUGAUAUCGGCGGCAGCACCAUGUCGUCCACUAUCCUCGAGGACCUCAAGCGAGUCUUCGUCGUUGCCGCCAAGGAUGGCAACGAGGUCCCGACCAUGCCCGAUGAGCUGCUGUACAACGACGAAGGGCUGGCCAUCUGGGCUGAGGUCAUCUUCACUCCCGAAUUCUACCAGACCCGUGACGAGAUGGUCUUGUUCGAGAAGAAUAGCGAGGAGAUGGCGACCUUUUACAUUCCCAACAAUGCCACCUUGAUCGACUUGGGAGCCGGUGACAUGCGCAAGGUCAACUUCCUCCUCAAGGAACUCGCCAAGCACGGCCGCAACGUCACAUACCUAGCCCUCGAUAUCUCAAACCACUCGCUUACUAGCAACCUCGAGGCUCUAGCUCCUGAGCAUGAGGCCGGCAGCGUCCACAUGGCAGGCCUCUGGGGCGACUUCAAGGCCGGCCUCGCCUUCUGUGAUGAUGUCCCUUCACCCCGAGUCUUCCUCUCCUUGGGCUCCGUCCUCUUCAACGACCCCUGGAAGAAGGCUGUCGCCUCCCUCCGCGAGUGGGCUGCCCUCAUGCGUCCAGACGACCUCAUCCUCGCCGGCAUGGACGGCCACGACGUCACCUCGACCAAGGUCUGGGACGCCUACCACACCCACCCUAAGCUGUUUGAGAGAUUCUUCCACAAUGGUUUCAAACACGCCAACGCCCUCCUAGAGGAGGACAUCUUCAAGCCCGAGGACUGGGAAAUCCGCGGUGACAUUGAGAAGGACGAGAAGCGCCAUCGCUUCUUCCUGAAGGCGAAGCGAGACGUCGUUGCUGAAAAAGAGGGCAAAACGCUGAAGCAGGAUCUCGAGAUCGACUGGUUUGACGCCCACAAGCGUAACAUGGAGGAUGUUCACAACAUGUGCACUGAGGCGGGACUCCAAGUCAUCAAGUGGUGGGCCAUUGAAGGUUCCGACAUGCGACAGUACCUCAUACGCACUGCUGCCGUUUAG